UUUCCAGGCGAGAUAGUGAGCGUUGAUGAUGGGUAUUGCAACACAGUGUUCAUGGAGACAUCAGUAGUGCACUGUACUGUAUGCUUAAGAAGAAGCAUGACCCCUAUACCCUGCCCCAACUGCAAUAUGGUGAUAUUUUGUAGUGUGGAGUGUCGUACAGACGGAAUGUCAGGGAUCCAUUGGCAAGAAUGCCCUAUUUUACCAACACUCUUUGCACUAGACAUGAAAAAGUGUCCUGCAUUGGCAUACAGAAUAAUGAUGAAGACAUCUCAUGCCAAACUCAAGGGAAUGAUACCACUGCUGCGACUUGAAGCCAAAAAAAAAUCCCCAAAGAAUCAUGGCUUUAACAAGGAAGGAAUCUAUGAUGAGAAACAUUACAGAUCAGUGUAUCACCUGGUAACUAACAAAGAAAAACUGUCUUCACAAGAACUACUCAGGAAAUGCAUACAAGCUUUUAUCAUUACCAAACUUCUGCAUCUGAGUGGACGCUACUUUCUUACCAGUGAUGGAAAGCCCUUCACUCCAAGUCGCAAAGAUAUUAUCUUGACUGGCAGCACGCUCGUCCAUCAUAUGAUGAACCUUACCUGUAAUGCUAAAGCCAUUACGUCCUUGCAGGUUAAUGUGAGCAUUUCUCAAUUACAUCAUGGGAAGAUGUAUGGUAGUGGAAUUUACUCUGCAUCAAGUCUAAUGAAUCACUCCUGCAAUCCAAACUGUUCAGCAUUUUUCUAUGGUAAGACUGAGGUUGUGAGAGCAGUGCACUUCAUCCCUGCUGGCAAGCAAUUAACCAUCUCGUAUGGGGAAAUCUUUACUGAUAAAAGCAGAGCUUCCAGGUUGGUUUCUUUGAUGACUCGGUACCACUUCCAGUGCAAAUGUGAGGCCUGUGAACACUCCUGGCAACCUCUCAGUGAUGUCUCACCAUUACCACUUCUUAAAUGCACGAACUGUCACGAAGCAAUAGACUCAUUCACUCAAGUGUGCUUUAAGUGCUGUAUUAACUAUGGUAAAAAUGUAGGAAAAAAUGCUGCACCAUACAACUACAAGCUCAUCAGUAAGAAAAUAGAAAAAUUUCAGGAUGAGUAUCAGAUUGCCAAGGAAAACAUCUUCAUCAAAGGCAACUACUCUGAUAGAGAUAUGAAGGUGGUACGUGUUUUAAUUAAACUUUUGUGUAAGUAUAUGAAACAGCCAUGUCCUCUUCUUAUGGAUGCAAUGAAUACACUGUGCUAUCUUUUUGACAAACGUGGUUCUUGUGUUUAUUAUCAAAAUGACCUGGAAUUGCCAUGUGCAAUUUCAUAAGCAUGAAUUUGAGUCGGUUAAGCUUUCCUAUUAAAAGGCAUUGAUUGAUAAAACUUUUAAAAAAGGUGAUUAAUUUUAAAAAUAAAAUUUGUUACCCAUGUUUAUUUCAUUUGUCAGUCUUCUAAAUGUGCUUUAAAUAAUUCAGUUUUUACUGUAUUUUUAAGUCUUAUUAUAAGAUCAUUUUUUAUUUUGGUUAUGUAUAUGAAUUUACACAGAAACUCAGAAAUACUAUUAAUGGAAAAUAUUAUAAGGUGUUAUAACAUGAGAAGUUUCAAUAGAUCAUGUUUUCUUUGUGAAUUCUUGAAUACACUGUGAUAAAGGCUUAGCUUGUGUAUCUAGAUUAAAGAAUUCAAUAUUCUGUUCAUCUGUUUUCACAAAAUCGCUAUAUAGAGUAGCUUUAAGAGCUCGCUAUUAGUUAAUUUUCUUGGUUAUGAGUGCUUUGCCUUUGAAUUUUUUUUUUUUUUUUUUUUUUUUUUUUUUAAAUUAACAGGUUUUAGUUAUAAGUAUUUUGAUAUAAAUUAAAUUCCAUAAUUAUACAGUAAUUAAUAUUUGCAUAACUUUUCCUUAAACUUUGCAUUUAUAGUACAGUAUUAUCUCAUGGUCCAUUCAGUUGUGGGUUUUUAUUUAUUUUUUUUUAAUUUGAAGAUAUUAGCCUACUUGGUUUUUUAGAUUUAAUUUUAUAUUGGCCUACUUUAUUUUUUGGUUUAAUUUUAUGCAUCUUGUCAUGUAGUUUAUUAUGGAAAUUAAAAUCAAGAACAGAUUUA